AUGGCCUCUCUCGCUGAUAUCUGCGCUGUUAACUCGGUUUCCCACUCGGCGAGCAGUCCUGUAACGCCUACCAGAGGCAUUGGCAGGUUCGGAACCCCGCGAACCGUUUUCUCGCCUGUAAGAUCCUCUCCUGUCAAGCCUGCUGCUUGCAAAGGUGACGGUGAGACAUGCUGCAGCAGCGUGCUUCUGAAGAGCGUGAGGCCGCUGCUGGAGAAACUGGCCUCCCAAGGCGUCGCUGACGGGCAGCACAAGCCCACCAAGGUGCACGUUGUCCCUGACGCGCCUGAUGUGAAGCGGCCUGGAAUCGGCCGCUUCGGAGGCAAGCCUGCUGCUGCCGUGCUCGCACCUGCACCUGUGCUCGUCACUGCUGCUCCACUCCAACCAUCUGCUGCUGCUGCAGUCACACCAUCUGCUGCGGUUGCGCCUGUGGUGGUGCCUGAGGUAGCGCCUGUGGCUCCAGUGGCUUCAACCACACCACAGGUGCCUGAAGCGUCUGUGACCACAGAAAAAAGGUCUGAGGAGGCGAGUGCACGUGCUGCUGAUCCGAGUGAGAAAGCGAGCCGCAAGGCGAGGCCAGCAGUGAUAGCAGCUGGCAAUGGCAAGGCCAGCAGCAGGCAGGCGGGUGUGGUGAAGAGGAGAGAGGAGGGUGGGUGUGGGGAGGGAGCAGCAGGGAGGGCAGCAGGUGGAAGGCAGGGUGGUGUGAAGGCAGCAGGUGGCAGAGCAGUGGCAAGUGGCGUGUGUGGCAGGGAGGGGGUGAAGCAGCAGGCGGGGAGGAGAGAGGGUUUGGUGCAUGAGAGGCAGGCGAGGCCAGGCUGCAGCAGCAGCAGGGCGCACAGAAGGAGCUCCUGA